AUGAACGCGCUGGUGAAGAGCCUGCCCUCCCCUUCACUGCCCGGCCUCCUGCUCCCGGGACCGGACAUGUACCGGGGCUGGCUCUUCAAAUGGACCAACUACCUGAAGGGAUACCAGCGCCGGUGGUGCGUGCUCAGCAACGGCCUGCUGUCCUACUACAGGACUCAGGCAGAGAUGGCGCACACCUGUCGGGGGACCAUCUCUCUGGCCACGGCUCACAUUGAGGUUGGAGACACCUGUCACUUUGUUUUGACGAGUGAAGGACGAACCUACCACCUGAAGGCGGCGUCUGACGGAGAAGCUCAGCGCUGGGGACAUUCUCUCUGGGACAGUAGGAGGAGGACACGAUGGGGGCCCCUGUAUGACUCAGGGGAUGAUGGCCCUCAAGACGACCGCCUCCUCGACCAUGGCGUUCUGCAGACGCUGAGCUCCCGUCUGGACGACCUCAGCACGUGCAACGAGCUGAUCGGGAAACACGGCGCCGCACUGCAGCGGUCGCUCACUGAGCUGGAGGAGGCCGACCGGGGGGGAGACCGGGGGGGUGAGAGGGGGGGUGAGCGGGGGGGAGACCGGGGGAGCGACCGACUGAAGGCAGUGAAUGAGAGGGCCACGUUGUUCCGCAUCACCUCCAAUGCUAUGAUCAAUGCCUGCCAGGACUUUGUGGAUGUAGCUGAGUCUCACAGUCGCCGCUGGCAGAAGGCUCUGCAGUAUGAGAGGGAACAGCGCCACCAUCUGGAGGAAACUAUCGAGCAACUGGCAAAACAGCACAACAGCCUCGAGACGGCGUGGAGGGAGAAGCCCUCAUCAUACUCAGUGGAGAGGCCUCAGAACGAGGACCACAGUGAUGAUAAUGAGGAGCCAGAGUUUUUUGAUGCAAUGGAGGAUUCCCCUGCGUUUAUAACUGUGGCUGCGACCAGCAACACACAACACAAACGUUCAGGGAGUAACCAGAGCAUGAGCGGAGGAACAGCCCACGACUGGUCUCUCAACGACAAUGAUUCCUCAGUGACCAAUCACAGGAGAGUGCGACGGUGCCGUAUCCCAGACAAACCCAACUACUCCCUGAACCUGUGGUCCAUCAUGAAGAACUGCAUCGGCAAAGACCUGUCCCGGAUCCCCAUGCCCGUCAGCUUAUUGUGGGGUCACUGUGGGUUGUUGGUUCGACUCCCCUCUCCUGUCUCCUCUUCUGUGCUGGUUGUUGGUUUGACUCCCCUCUCCUGUCUCCUCUUCUGUGCUGGUUGCUGGUUCGACUCCCCUCUCCUGUCUCCUCUUCUGUGCUGGUUGUUGGUUCGACACCCCUCUCCUGUCUCCUCCUCUGUGCUGGUUGUUGGUUUGACACCCCUCUCCUGUCUCCUCCUCUGUGCUGGUUGUUGGUUUGACUCCCCUCUCCUGUCUCCUCUUCUGUGCUGGUUGUUGGUUCGACUCCCCUCUCCUGUCUCCUCUUCUGUGCUGGUUGUUGGUUCGACACCCCUCUCCUGUCUCCUCCUCUGUGCUGGUUGUUGGUUCGACACCCCUCUCCUGUCUCCUCCUCUGUGCUGGUUGUUGGUGAACUUCAACGAGCCGCUGUCGAUGCUGCAGCGUCUCUCUGAGGACCUGGAGUAUAGUGAGCUGCUGGAUCGAGCCGCUCGCUGCUCCUCAUCUCUGGAGCAGAUGUGUUUUGUGGCGGCGUUCUCUGUGUCGUCGUACUCCACCACCGUCCACCGCACCGCCAAGCCCUUCAACCCCCUGCUGGGAGAGACCUACGAGCUGGACCGGCUGGAGGAGGCUGGGUACCGCUCCCUCUGCGAGCAGGUCAGCCAUCACCCCCCAGCUGCUGCUCUCCAUGCGUCGUCUCAGCGAGGAUGGUCUCUAUGGCAACACAUCACCAUCGACAGCAAGUUUAGGGGAAAAUACAUUUCUGUCAUGCCUUUAGGAAACAUCCAUCUGCAUUUCCACGCCAGCGGUAAUCACUACGUGUGGAGCAAAGUGACCUCCACGGUGCACAACAUUAUAGUGGGGAAGCUUUGGAUUGACCAGUCUGGAGAUAUUGAAAUCGUGAACAGGACAACAAAGGACACCUGCCGCCUGAAGUUCUCUCCCUACAGCUACUUCUCCAGAGACGUGGCUCGUAAAGUUUCAGGUGUGGUGGAGGACAGAGAGAACACGGCACACUACGUCCUGUCUGGGACCUGGGACGACAAGAUGGAGAGUUCUAAAGUGGUGGAUAGCAGCGAAGGAAGCGGCGGCUCAGAGGGCAAGCAGAAGACCGUCUACCAAACCCUGCCACCCAAACUCCUCUGGAAGAAGUAUCCUCUGCCGUAA